AUGGUGGAUCUGCUUGUGGUGAUGUCGUCAUAUACUGAAUCUGCUGGUAUCAAUCUGUUGGUUUACGUGGGCGAAUAUGAUCUUAUCUGCAACUGGCUUGGCAACUCGAGAUGGGUUGGAGCCUUGCAGUGGUCUGGCCACAAAGGAUUUGGUGCAGCUCCAAACGUGACAUUUUUAGUGGAUGGAAAGGAGAAAGUGAUACAAAAGAGCUAUGGACCUCUCACUUUCCUUAAGGUUCAUGAUGCUGGUCACUUGGUUCCAAUGGAUCAGCCCAAGGCAUCGCUGGAAAUGAUUCGGAGGUGGAUGCUUGGCCAACUUUCAAAGCUAUAGGACUGUCAUCUUCCUUAAAAUGUUAUCCGUUCUUUAAAAAAUAUUGAUUUCCGAUCGAAUUGGGUGAGAAAUAAGGUGACUGCAUCUCUAUCAUAGUGAAUGUUAUGUCCUCGAUCUUCUUAUGUCUUGCUUUCCUUUAUAUAUAUUCCCAGAAUGUUGCUCAGUGAAGCAUGCA